AUGGGGUAUGUUAGGGGUGCAAUGGCCUUAUGGUGCCUUAUUAUGAUUAUCUUUACUGUGAGGAAAAGAGGAGACUUAUAUGGAGAUUGUAUAUCCUCUCCUAUAGUUGAUAAGAAUGCAUGCAAAAUGAUUUCAGAGGCCAAGUUAGUGGGGUCAAUAGUAUUUACAUCUGGGCCUGCUAUAACAGAAGCAUCUAGUGAUUUUGGAGGGGUGGUCAAGAAUAAACCUGCUGCUGUCCUCUCACCUGCCUCUGUGAAGGACAUAAGCAAGAUGAUCAAAAUAGCAAAUGCAUCCCCCAAUCUAACUAUAGCUGCUAGAGGGAAUGGUCAUUCUCUGUCUGGCCAAUCUCUGGCUUUGAAUGGAAUUGUGUUGAAUAUGAGUUCCCUGAGAGGGAUUAAGAUUGUCAAGAAAGGUGGUGGUCAAUCUUAUGCAGAUGUUAAGGGGGGUGAAUUGUGGGUAAAUGUUCUUAGAGCUGCACAGGCUUCAGGACUUUCUCCAAGGUCAUGGACUGAUUAUAUUGAUCUUUCUGUUGGUGGGACUCUCUCUAAUGCUGGAAUAAGUGGGCAGACAUAUCGUUAUGGACCUCAAGUUAGCAAUGUAUUGAAGUUGGAAGUUGUCACAGGCAAUGGAAGUGUUACUAAAUGCAGUCCAGAGAAUCAACCUGAUCUUUUUUUUGGAGCCCUCGGAGGAUUAGGCCAAUUUGGGAUCAUCACUGGAGCACAAAUCAUCCUUCAAAAGACAUAUGAGAGGGCAAGUCAAUGGAGAUUUGUUUAUUGGAAUUUCAUAAAUUUUAUGCAUGAUGAGGAGCUUCUCAUUUCUUUCAAACAAGGAGGAGCAUUUGAUUAUGUGGAAGGAUUUGUUGUAGCAAACAACAAAAAUGGUUGGACUUCUAUACCUUUCUUGUCUAACACUACAUUUAAUUCUGGUUUAAUUCCUCCAACAGCUGGUGCCAUGCUUUACAUAAUCGAGGCCACACUCUACUACAAUGAAGGAAUUGAUGUUAAUCAGAUGGUGCACAAUAUAAGUUGUGGACUUCGUUUUAUAAGAGGAUUACAAUUCAACCUUGACACUACGUAUUUCGAUUUUCUAUACCGUGUUCAUGUUGCAGAGGUGGCUACCAAAGCUAAUGGUAUUUGGUUUGCUCCACAUCCUUGGCUCAAUCUAUUCAUUCCAAAGAGUGGAAUGCUUCAAUUUGAUCAUCAUGUCUUCAACAACAUCCUCAAACAAGGCAUAGAGGGACUCAUUAUAUGUUAUCCUAUGAAUAAAAGUUUGUGGAAUCCUCACAUAUCUACUAUUCUACCAGAGGAUGAGGAUGACAUAUUCUAUGGAGUAUCUAUCCUAUAUUUUAGUAAGCCCUAUCCACAAGGCCCUGCAGUGUCCACUUUAAUAGCACAAAAUAAAAGGAUUAUUAAUUAUUGUAAAAGUGUUGGUAUUCAAGUAAAGCAAUAUCUUGGUAGCCAUGAGACCCAAGAAGAAUGGAUUCAACAUUUUGGAAGAAAGUGGGGACAUUUUUCUCAAAGAAAGAAGAUGUUUGAUCCAAAAGGAAUUUUGGCUCCGGGUCAAAAAAUAUUUCCCAGAACAAGUUAA